AUGGACAUAGACCCAAGGGACACCAAACUUGCCAAGCUCCAGGAGCAAAUGGCCAAAAUCUUGGCCGUGGUCAAGGAAGAACUCAAGAUCCGGAAAGACACAAAAGAACAAUUGGCCAAGGAGGCCCAACUGGCUACAGCCCUGAAGACCGCAAGUACCAGCUGCACCGGUCAAAGGCCCCCAACAAGUUUGAUGGCACUUGCGGAGCUAAAGCAAAGGUCUUUGAUAACCUCUGAUUGGAAUCAUUUGACCAAUUUUAAACAAAAUAAGAAGAUAAUCAAGAAUACAUUGACCAAGGAUCAUUACUUUAGCGGUAAACAAAACAAAUUCAUCAACCAUAUCUGUAACAACCCAACGGCAUAUUCAGUUAUUCUCUUGAUCAACUAG